AUGGGCAAAAAACAAGCUGUUGGAGAGAACAGCAGAAAGGUUGCGGGAAACGCCAAGAAAGCUGAUGUUGCUGCGACAAAAGCGGCAGUUGAGAACAAUAAAAAGGCUCACGCAGAGUCAGAAGAAUGGGAUAAGGGAGCGAAGAGCAAUUCAAAGGCUGAAGCUGCAGCAGCCAAAAAGGCCGAAGCAGAUCGGAAGAAGGCAGAAAAGGAUGCAUUGAUGAAGGCUGAGGAAGCUGAUGCUCCCUCUGGUCCGAAGAACUCGAAGAAAGCCGAGAAGAAGCCCGCCGUUAAGAAAGGCCUCGACCUAUCACAACUUGACGAUUCCCCUACUAUUCCUAGCCCAUCAGCUUUGAAUGCAUCCGGUAUCGAUAAUGCGUUGGAUGCGUUGGCUUUGACAUCAAACACGAAGGAUAAGGUUGAUAGACAUCCAGAAAGGAGGUUUAAGGCUGCUUAUGCAGAGUUUGAAGAGAAGAGGUUGGUUGAAAUGGAGCAGGAUGGCAGUGGAGCGGGGUUGAGGAAGAACCAAAAACAAGAGAGAAUCAGGAAAGAGUUUGAGAAGAGUCCUCUGAAUCCUUACAACCAGGUCACAGGACGAUACGAUUCCACCAAGGGCGAGUUGGAACAGAUUAGGCAGGGUGUGGAAGCCGGUGUCGAGUCAAGAUUGGGAGGCAACUAA